AUGGUAACGGCAAAGGUAGAACUGAUUCCCUGGGAUUCAGAGUCUCCAGACCAUAUUGCAAGGCUGGUAGUGCAUCGGGAAGAAUGCGGAUGGCAUGCGGAGAAAGUCGCGAGCGAAUGGGCUGACAAGCAGCGAGCCGGCACGAAAUGCAUCUAUUGGAUUGUCUAUCAUACUGAUGGAUCAGCGGAUUUUGACGCCGCCAUGCAGAAGCAUCUGGCGAAGCACCCUUCGGAUAAAACACUCCUGGCGGACACCAAUAAGUCACUGCGAGGCACCCCUCGCGUCCCCUCUGGGGCUCAAUUUCAUCCUGUCGGACAUAUUUCACUAGACAGUGAAAACCCAGAUGCAGCAACUUUCGGUGUGAAGGCACCAAUAAAAGACGCAUGGUGGAUCAAGAGUCUGUACGUCUUUCCUGAAUUGCGUAGCUUCGGGAUUGCUCGAAGCGCAAUGGAUCAAGUCGAGAGCCAAGCGGUCAAUGAGCCGCUCAACGCCCGCCAUCUCAUGCUCGAUACCGGGUUCAAGGAAGAUGUUCAGAACCCAAGUCUUGGGCCACUCUUCUAUGGGCAGAUUCCUCCGUUGACUCCUCAUGAGUGGUACGAACGCAGAGGUUAUAGUGUGAUUCAGAUCGUGAAAGAUAUGUACAAACUCGACGGUAAGGAUAUGGGUAUGAGGACGGUGAUUUUACAACGAGAUGUCGUCUGA